AGAAAGACAACUAUUUGGUGAAAUCAUACGACGCCAUUGUUAUGGCUUUCCCGUUUAGGAUACUCUCCAUUCUUCUCAAGAGGGCACUUCUUGAACCAAUAGCUGUAGCUCUUGGGAGCAGCGAAAACCUAGUAUAUCCCAUCGUGCUCCAUGGUGAUCAAUUCUGUUCAAUUUUACGCAGCUUCGCAACUCAGCUAUUGCUUGCUGACUGACUUACUUUUCUUUACACUUUUUCGCAAGGCUUUGAGUUGAUCGUUACCAUGAGUCUGACACUUGCGCCUUAUAAUGAUGCCAUGCGCAUUGGGCAAGGAUUCAACUCGUACACUCAUGAGAUUUGUAUCGAUGGAGCAGUUGUCGUUGACACAGACGGACCACACAGUGAAAACACUCAAGUCCGUACUAUCGAGAGGCCGUCGCAGGUAGUUUCGUACUCUGCGAGAGCUGUUGAGAAGCUCAGUGACAUCAUCCAGACGAUGAACGUCUCGUACCCUCAUUCCAUCAAGAAGGGUAGCGUCACUGUCAGCGGGUCUAACUCGGCCAUUGACGAAGCAACCUUCAAAUCCGCCGACAUUAACAUUAUUGUCACGGUCAAGGUAACCAAUCAGACCACUCUGAUCAAGAACAAUGCUAGAUUUGUUCCCAUGAAGAGUAUUGACCCUGCGUCUCAAGCGUUCAAUGAAGCCUAUGGUGAUUCCUAUAUCUCGGGUUUUAUCGAGGGCGGAGAAUUUACCGGCAUCAUUUCGAUCAAGGUCAUUGAUCGAAGCAAUGUUGAUCUGACUGUCAAGAAGAUCAAAGCUAGGCUUGAUGCUAAAGGCAGCAGCACAGCUACUGAGUUUACUCUCAACAGCCACGAUUCAUUCUCUUCUAGAGGAUCUGCUUCCGUAAUGGAGAACACCGAAAGUCACAUCCACGUCUCUUGGAUGGGUGGCGGACAGAUCAAGAAUGAAAACACACCAUGGGAUAUAGAUUCCAUCUUCAAAGCGGCCGCCGCCUUCCCUCAGAGGGUUUCUGAGCGCCCUCAGCUCACCUGGGCUAUCUUGACAAAGUACAAGUCAAACAGAUCUUUCAUCGAGUGGGCCAGCAAUAAACCCGUCAAAACACUCGAAUACGACCAAGUCAGCAGCUAUACCGCCGAGCUCUUCGACAGCUACAUGGACUACAAAAUCCUCCUCAAGUAUGUUCAGCUCAUUAUCGAUGAUCCGGAUAGCUAUGAGGCUGUCGGUGAAGAGGACGCCUUGGACACCUCCAUUGAUACGCUCUUGGGUGUUCGUUUCGCUAUGCGCAAAGAGCAAGGUAAGAUCAUAGAAGCUAUAUCUGUUCUUAGCCGCGAUCCUGGAAUUCUUUCGCGUCAGGGUGGAUGGGGAAAUGGUCAAGCCAACAAGGUAUUGAAUCGAAUUUUGGGCAAGACCGCAGGCCACUCGACCGCCAAGUCUGAUCCAGCGACCCAGAAGGGCUCUGCGCAGGGUCAAGAGCACUUUGACUUUUCUGGUCUCAUACCAGCUGAGUUUUGGAGGAAAUGGAUGCCAGUUCCCAAGAUCGCCUCCUCAACUUCAUCUACCAGAGAAACACCUGCGACAUCGAGUCCUUCCGCUGCUGGUUUGUCUGACCUAAACCCUCCGCCUUCAGAUGAUCAGGAUUGGCACAAGCCUUCUGAAGCCGGAACAUUGGGUAACAGUAGCCGUAACUACGCUUCAGUUUUGCAAGCCAAACUCAAUGCUGUCACUAGAGACUUGGAAGCCAAGACCGAAGAGCACGCCGGCCACGCAAAAAGGUUCCAAGACGAGAUUGACAAGCUCAAAUCCGACAGCGCCAGCGAGUUAAAGGCUCUCAGAUCGAAACACAAUGAAGACCUCGAGGGUAUUAGGAAGAGGCAAACUGAUUAUGAAACCCUGAAGGCAGGACAACAGAGCGAAAUCGAACAAACACUCCAGCGCCUUGAGAAAGAAAAGCAGGACGCCAUCGACGCUGUGAGGAACGAGGAACAAGAGAAGUACGACAUUUUGCAGAAAAAGCACGAUGAGGUAGGAGGAACAAUCCAGUCAUUGAUGGCUGAUAUGGGAACAAAAAUGCAGAAUGAGAAAAAGGCUGCCCUUGAGAAGCUCGAGAAGGAAAAGGACGAUGCAUACAAUUCUCUCAAGGAAAACUACGAAAGCUUGAAAAAGCAGCUCAGCGACUUGACAGCGGCAGAUGCCACCUUGACCAGCAACAGCAACAGUUUGGCACUAGAGAAGAUCUCUUUGACAACUCAGCUACAAGAGAAGACCUCUGCGUACAACAGCCUCAACGCUCUGUACGAUACUCUGAAGAAAGAUCACGAGUCUUUGAUUGCGAAGGAAACAGCGUGGACAAGUGAUAGGGCGACGUUGAAUGGUCAAAUCACCAAGCUCAUAACUGACAAGGGUCUCGUUGACGGCAAGAAUUCAAAACUGAAGGAUAUAAUGCAGUGGGCGGGACUAUACGAGAACAGUCGCAUGGACAAUUGUUUGCCAUAUAGUUACAGUGGCUGGACUGUCAUGAUCAUGAUGCCACACAGCAGGAUGGCUCUGAAUGCAAACAACGAUCAUCAUAGCAUGGCACACGCCUGGAGCUUCAACAUGAAUAACGACGAUGAAAUCUUUCAACUUGCCAAAGCCAAUAACCAUCCCGACACGCCUUGGACAAUUAAGCACAAGGCCACCGGCAAUUUACUUGUAUUCCUCAAUGGGGAGACCGACUGGCAGGUCCGUUGCCGAAAGGGGGGUGAUUCCGGCAUCGUCGGAAGAGCAGCGCACUGGUUCAUUGGUCGAGGAGCUGCUGAUUCCAACACUACAUGGGUACUGAAGAACGCUGAAUGGCCGAGCAUAUGCAUUCAACUGGUGCAUGGAUGGGAUCAAAAUGGACGGAUGGCGAAAUCAUUUACAUGCACUAAUGCUGGUGAUGCCAACUGGGUUAUUAUUCCACUUAAUCUAUAAUUUGAACAUCUUGAGCUGAAUACACUUCCUUCAGAUAUUUAUUACGUCCUUUUCUAUAUAGUUCCUAGACUUCGGUGACUUGCGUGUCCUGCGCUAGAACAUAG